CCCUCUCUCUCUCUCUCGUCUCGCUACGUAUGUAGAUCCAAGUACCUGGUCCAACCAGACGGGGUGGAAGUUGACAGGCGACACAAAGUGGAAGUGAUCGCCUGCUCGUGUGGUUCUGGAAGGAAGUACGCGAUGUUUUAACGCACCGCGACCUGGAAGUUUUAGCGGAUCUCUCUCGUGUGUGUGUUUGUUUUAUCUCUCGCUCCCUAACCUCGUGUUUUGAUUCCCAACUUUUCAUAAAGGAUUUCAUAAAGGAUUUCUAGUGUCGCGUCCAAUCGGAUACAUAUGUGUGGAUAUAAAUAGACCAUUAUUUCUAUGUGCUUUAUGCUAAUUUACCAUCUGAUUAUUUAAUGAGUUGGCUUGGGAGCUGUCUUUCCCGCGCGUUGACAAGUCCUGUGUCGAGUUGGCUAUUGAAAGGACGGAGGCAAUCUCCCAGAGGUCAAGACUGCUAGACUACGUCACUGUAGUUGAGUGCGGUGGUACUUGCGUUUAACUAUACUCCUCUCAGAUUGAUCCAUCCCCUCACUUCCGGUUGAUCGUGGGAUGUUCCACACUUGGCGGGAGACUGACAUGUACGAGACAAAACAAAAGAGCCUGCCGCCAGGACAGACACCCAGGCAGAGACACGUUGCAGACCUGGACAUGUCAUGGUGACCUUGUGAUUAAAUCUGUUGUGCAGAGUUAAUGUCCUUGUACAGCAUGACAGUUUGGCUGCUUCUAGUCGCAGCGUUAAUAGUUUCGGCUGCGCCAGCGACUCCCAGCGAAAACCCAAACCCUAUGGUUCACUACGCGUGCUUGGAUUCUUGUUCGGAUCAAGUGGGUUGUACUAUUCACGGGAAACCAUUCUGUUUACGAGAUGUAAAUGAAACAAGAGGCGAUUUAUCCAUCCCUGGAACACCCUUCAACAUACAGUUAGAAAAGUCUUACGAUACAGAAUAUCAAUAUUUAAACUUUUCAUGGACAGUACCUCAAGAUGGGUCUCUCUAUUAUUUAGAAGGCUUCAUGUUUGAGAUCUGGUUGUAUUCAAAAUAUGGACCAUACUCUUCAAGGUGCUUUAAUUUAAAUCUGGAGAAGAACUGGAGAUCGGUCUUUAAUUCGACCAAACAGGGGAAUCUUAAUAUUUAUUUUCGAUGUGUUCAACUGCAUCAAAACGCAUAUGAAAGACUCGAGGUUCGUAUCUACAGUAGACCAUUUAGAUAUCAAACAUCAAAAGUAUGGGAACGAUUUGUGCCCAUUACACCAGAUGGUCGAUGGUUCCCAAUGUUGGAUAUACUGAGUAACAAUUCUGACAAAAUCCACAUCAAACUGUUAAACCCUCUCCCUGAGGCAAAGACUUAUAAUUUUAAGAUCAUGUCCAGUUCACAGUCAUUUGUCAAACUGGCAAGCUAUACUUUAGUCAACACUAGCGCUGAAUUGAGUGAAAAGCCAUUCAUUGAUAUAGUGAUUCCUGAUACUUUCAGAAAGGAACAGUUUACUAUAAGUCUGGAGGCAUUUGGCUUUGAUGGCCAUCCUGUUCAAAGCACAACAACUUACGAGCAUUCUUUUAGAUUAUCAAAUAAUUCACCAUCAGAAGGAGGAAUAGAUGAUAACAGACUGAUUAUUAUAUUAGUAACAAUAAGCAUUGUCAUUGUAGCUUCUGUCUUGAUCUGCAUUUUAUGGAGGGUCAAAAUUUGGCUCAAACUUAGAAAAUGGAUUCACAUCUUUUCACGCAAGAGCUCAGCACAGAAUAUUGAGAUAAAAUUACCAAAAGUUUUUCCUAUCUAUUGUUUUGAAAGUGACAACUAUGUGAAAGUAGUGCAAUGUCAUCUAUCACUACUGCAGACCUAUGUCAAAAUAUCUAGACUACCAUCUAGUAACUACUUUUCAUGUGGGCCUUGCCCCGAAGAUCUCUCUUGGGUUCAGUCAGAACUCAAAAGCAACUGUGUCAUCAUUUACCUGUCUCCUAAAUUGGGGGCUUUGCUCCACAGGGAUAUUGACAUGUCCCAGCUACAUCAUCUGGACGUCCUGUGCAUUCGUUCAUUGCAGGCACUAUAUGAGGUACUGAGCAAAGACAGCAGUGUACCAUUGCCUAUUCUUGUUACAUUCGACUGUUUUGAGAAGAAAGAGCAGGAAACAGUGCAAGAACUUCAUGGAUUUCUUCAGGCCCAUAAAGAAAUACAAGAGCAGCUGGUGCCACUCACUUUAGCAUCAUUAUGCUCCGGGGUCUUCCAGCUAGAAAACUUGGACCAAUUGCUGAGUAAGUUGUGCACAAUCUCAAAGUCAUCUCAAAACAAGUCCCAGAAUCUGGGAUGUUGGAGGGAGAGUAAAGAAGCUAAAGAACUGCAAGGUCAGCUUUCUUUAGUGUCAUAUUUUCAGCCAGAAGAGACUUGUGCACAAAAGUGCUUUGCUGUUGAAGAACCUAAAAGAGGUUCUUUGACAAAUGGAAGCUUAAGUUACUCUACUAAAAACAAUAGACUGUAUUCUUUGGAUACUGUGUAUCUGGAAGAUUUGAGAACUCCUGAUGCUCAAAGUACUGAUGAUAAUGAGCAUGCUGAUGAAGUGAUUGAUUGUGAGUCAGAGCUUAACACAUGUGUACCAUUGAUUUCCAGCUCCAGUGGAUUCCACAGUGGAUCUUACCAAACAUACGAUGAAGAAAUGAGGAACUUGAUGAAUCCUCUUGUUGGUUUCAGCAAAAACAUUACCGGAAACCUCCAUAAGGACAGCAACUCGCAUUUAUGUUCCAACCAUCCAGCUCAUCAUGUAGCUAAUGAAUGUGACCAUCCUCUCUUAAAUAGCUCAGCAGACUAUGCUGACAAUACACUGGAAAGCCCUCCAGGGUAUUGUCACAGACCUGUGAAUGGUGUGUACUCCAAUAUUCCGAACAUUACUCCUGCCAGCUGUUCUGCACACCACAAAACACAUCCAGUCCAAGAGAAAUUUGACAGCUUAUGGACCAUGCACAAUGGGGAAGCCUUUCGCCAGCUCCCUAAAAUCAUUCCUCCACAUUUAUGUUUCAGUAGCAGCACAAGUAUCGACAGUGUAUGUGAGAGAAUCAAUAGGAUCAACGAAAGUAGCACAUGGAGUGACCUUAACCUUGCCAAACCUUAAUUUAAACAUGACCUUUGUAAACUACUUAUAACUUUAUAUAACUGAAUCAAUGUAAACUAAUUAAAUUUGAGAAAACUAAUUAAUGUAAGAUUAUAUUAUCUUACAAAAAAUAUUAGUGUUGAGAUUUUUUAAAAUGUAUAAUUUUAGCAAUUUUAAUUCUUUAAAUUUUCACACAAAAAAAUUACCUUAAUUUUCCACUGCUUUUUCAUUUUAAAUUCAUAAUAAAUACAUUGUAAUUCACAGAAAAAAAUCCUAAUUAAACAUAACUUGCUACAUUCUCUACUCACUGUUUUCUAGUUUAGCAGAUUAAUGACAUCAAAGUGAAAAAGAGUAAAGCUCAGGAUUAAUAAAUUUCUACAUAAAAAACUUUUACAUGCUUAUACAUAAAUUUCCAUUCUGCACAGCAUUGUAUGGUCACAAAUUGAAGCUAAACAUCCUUUGUAGUUUUAUUUAUGUGAAGAAGAAAGGGUUAUUGACAAUCUGCUUAUCUGAACUAUUUGCAUAGUAUUUAAAAAAAAAACAAACAUUUAUCUGUGCACCUAUGACAAACUAAUUAUUUUGAUUUACUUUAUUAGAUACCAGAAUUGGAUUUGGAUUUGCCUAUCCAUUGUUAUUACUUUAAUUAUAUCAUCAGGUGCUAAAUAGAACAAAUGUAUGUAGUCAGUUUAAAAAUAUGUUAGUCCUUGAACUACUUAGCCUGUGCACUAAUUAGUUGUAAAGUUGCAUAAGAAUGAAAAUGUGUGACUAUUCACCAAGUAAUAAUUUUUUUUUUUUUUUGCCUAAAGUGACUAGAAACACAUGUCAAGAUUACCAUUUAGAAGUUUUCAUUGCUUCUGAUUAUUCAUUCGAUUUUUCAGAUAUAUUUGGUGGUCAGUUUAAGAAAACUGAAUUCUAAAAUUAUUUAAAUUUUUUUAACAAAAAAAUGCUUUGUAAGUUUUAAUAAUUUACUUUGUUAUAACAGCUGUUUAGUAGGAUGGUGUCUGCCUAUCUUUGUCCUAAGCUAAUUCAUUGAAUUUGGCACAAAUGAAAAAAAUGUCAACACAUUAUUCUUUUGACUAAACAGGUUUAAAAGUAUACUUUGUCUAUAAGGAAAUGUUCUUAUGUAGUAUUUUAUCAUAAAAGACAUUAGCUUUCAAAUUUAUAUUGUUUCCAAACUGAAUAAGACAUGUGCCUUCCAACUUUUAUUGUGUUGGAAGGUCUUUU